CGACGAGGAGCGAAGGCCUAUCUCAGCUGCUCCGUUUUGCUUUGCUGAAUCCUCGACUCUUUAUCAUCUUAAUAAGUACUCGAGUACUUAUAAAUUUUUUUCGCGUCUCGCCGAAGAUGUAGAACAGAGUACAAACUGUAUUUUUCCCAAAGUACUAAAGAAUUUACUUAAUCGCGCGUCCUUUAAAUCCAUAAAAGCCGAAGGACAUUGCCACAAGCCGUAUAGCCUAUAUGCACCAACUGCUGCGGUACGGGAGGAGCUGUUAUAGUGUCCUUGUGUGUGUGAUAUAGUUGUUGGAUAGUUUUAUUAUUUUCGCAUACUUACGUCAACUGCAAAAAAAAAAAAAAAUAAAUAAAAAAAGGUGUUUGCAAGCAGAGUGCCGUCAUGGCCAAAUCCGUGCUGGGCUCGGACACCAUGCCCAAGGCUGGACGAGUGAACGAAGUAUGCAGGGAGUGGUUAGUGCACGAAGACGGUGCAUUGGCCUAUCGCCUUCAAGAUGAAGAGAUUAAAGAUCACUAUACACACAACAAAGUUAGGAAUGCACAAGUGAGAGAAGACCUUCCAAAGGCCAAGGUUGAACAAGAAUUGGAGAUGUUGAGAUAUCAGUCUUACGUACAGGAACAAGAGGAAAGAGACGAACUGGUAGCCAGGCAAAUCGCGCUGGCUCUUGAAAGAGAGGAGCGAAAGAAAGAAAGAGAAUUACAAGAACAAAUGAGACUGCAACUUCGGCUUGACGAUGAGGCAGCAAGAGUUGAAGCUGAGAGAGAAAUACAGAGACUUAUACAAGAGGAAAAAGAUCAGGAGCUCGCAAGGAAGCUCCAAGAAGAAGAAGCAUUGACGACUGCUGACGUACCAGACGGAGCGGUGAUGAAUGAGCAGCUCAUGUUGGACCACAAAUUUGCCAUGGAAGCGCAAGACGCUGAACUGGCUCGUAUGUUACAGGACAAAGAACGAGCUAAAGCAAAAAGAGCGCGAGAGAGAGCCAAGUUGAAGAAAUUGGAACGUCAACAGCAACUCGAGGGAGAGCAAUCGUCGGUAAACGGAAGCCUCGAGAGGCCGCAGAGACCGGAUAAAUUGGACUUAAAACCGAGCAUUCCAAAAACACGGACAGCUACAAUUCUUACACGACACACCCGACAACUAUCAGAUCCCGAGGAAAUUCGCAGCCUUCCAGAAGUUGUCACUGAAGAAUCACAGUCGCAACGAAAUGUUGCUGCAAUGAUCGACCCAACGUUCAACGGCACAUACGCAAGUUCCUCAAAAAGCGCUGCUUCCAGUGGUCUAAGUCCAAUGUAUGCUUUACCAACAGAUCCGGACGAAGACUCUGCUUGUUACAUGCCUGUACCUGGAACGCGACGUAGUAACAAUCACAUUUCCCCUCAGCGACACUCGCCCUCGCAGAUUCAAGAAGAAAAACACAAGCGUCGUGUUAAAGACAGCUGUAGGCAGCAGUGAGAAGAAAUUUAUGAGCGUUUUGGAGAGAAUAUGAGAGUGGUGUCAAAUUAAGCACGCGUUGGUGGGAAUAUUUUUUAAAUAUUUGAACUUGAAAAUAAGUGCAUUGCAUAAUACCUCAAAUUUGGGCUCUGUAUUGGAUGCCAAAACUAUAGAUUCACAAUAUAUCACAUUUUUGUGGUUAAAGUGCCCUUGAGAAACGAAUCUAAAUAUUUAUUUGAAUUUACAACCUAUUGUUAUCAAAUAACAAAUAAUUUGUGGUUAUCUUUAAAAAAUAUUAAGCAAUUUUUCGGCGCUACGCUGAUUUGAAAGCUUAACGAAAUAUCCACGUUAAUUAAUAUCAAAAUUGUAUGCUAUGCGUCGUUCGAGCAUAUUUACGUUUGUAAUAAAUGUUUACACUUUGAUAAAAAUUUGUACUAAAAUUUAGUACUCUAAAGCAUAGAAAUAUUUCCACCACAAUUAUUCGAUAUAACCAAGGGGCCUUUUUUCAAUUUAAAAAUCAUCGCUGGUGAAAAUGUGCCUUUAUCAUAAAUGACAUAAUCAAAAUAUACGCAUGUGCCUCACGCAAUAAAUUCUUGUUAGCAAGAACUGAUGUACACUCAACAACGAUAUUAGUUUCUCACACAAAACUUUACUGUUACUGUACAUACACAUAAUGGCAUAUAUCAUUGCUUUUAAUUAAUUUUUAAACUGUACAUUUUUUACAAAUCUUUGUAUUGCUUACUUUUGGUAACUGAUUCAUUUUAUUACAUGAACUAAUUGUUACCAACGAUCUGAAAUGUUGAUGUUUUUUUACCAAAUUUCACUUAUGGUAAAAUAAGCGUUGUAUAAGUUGGCGGUCGAAGAAAAAAGUAAAGUAUUAAUAUUAUUAUCAGUAUCUUUGUUACAUUGCAAAAAAAAAAAUAUUGACAAAUAAUGAAUUGAUGAUGUAUAUUACAUUCCGUGAUCUUCACGAGUUUUUUUGACUUGAUAUGAUCUAUUAUAUAAAAGGGAUUUAGGAGACUUGCUUAGAAAUUACUAGACUCAUAUCUUGAUGAAACUAACACGAUGUAUUAAUAAAUUAUUUACAAAAGUA